AUGAUAAAUAUUAAUGUAGGUGUUUUAGGACACGUUGACUCUGGCAAAACGAGCCUCUGUAAAUGCCUGAGCGAAGUUUUAAGUACAUGCGCCCUAGAUAAACAUAAAGAAAGCAAAGAAAGAGGCAUAACGAUCGACCUCGGUUUUUCUUCUUUCUAUAUAAAGAAAAAAAUAAAAAAAAAUUAUAAUGUAAAUCACAAGAGGGAAGUCCAAACAAAUUUACCAAAUGAUCAAACAACUGAUCAAAAUGAACCCUUUUUAUAUUGUAAAAGAAAAGAGAAAAAUGAUUUACAUAAUAUAAGAUAUGAUAAAACAAAUAUUGAAUAUAAUGAAAAACAAAAUUAUUAUGACUAUACAAAUUCCAAACAUCCUUCUAAUAAUAUAUACUUUUAUGAUGAAGAAAUUAUUCAGAUUUGUUUAGUUGAUUGCCCAGGACAUCAUUCUCUUUUAAAAAGUAUUAUUAUGGGUUCAGAAAUUACAGAUAUCAUUUUAUUAGUUAUAGAUGUAAAUAAAGGAAUACAAAAACAAACCAUCGAGUGUCUAGUUUUAUGUAAAAUAAUUAAUUGUGAUAUUAUUAUUGUCUUAAAUAAAAUCGAUCUUAUACCUUUACAUCUAAGGGAAAAAAAAAUUAAUUUAAUGAAGAAAAAAAUACAAGAAGCAUUUUAUAAAUUUAAGUCUCUACAAAGCUUGAACUACCACAUUGUUAGCAUAUCAGCAAAUGUAAAAGGUAAAGAUAAUAAAGAUGUUGAAGGGGAUCCACCAAAUUUAUUAAGUGAUGAUGAUAAGAAGGGUGUGAACAAUUUAUUAAGUGAUGAUGAUAAGAAGGGUGGGAGAAAUUUAUUAAGUGAUGACGAUAAGAAGGGUGGGAGAAAUUUACUAAGUGAUGAUGAUAAGAAGGGUAGGAAAAAUUUAUUAAGUGAUGAUGAUAAGAAGGGUGGGAAAAAUUUAUUAAGCGAUGAUGAUAAGAAGGGUGGGAGAAAUUUAUUAAGUGAUGAUGAUAAGAAGGAUGCAUCAAAUUUAUUAAAUAAUCAUAUGAACGAAUGGAACGGAUUAAAUAAAGAACACAUUACAUCAUAUAACAAAUUGUCUCAAAACAAAUCAUCGUCGGACACACCAUUAAUGAAUAAAACCUUAAAUAUUAAAGAAAUAAUAAAUGUUCUUACUAAUAUUAUAAAGAUACCAGAAAGAGAAAUUUCAACAUAUGAAGAUUUUUAUUUUUUAUAUGAUCAUUCUUUUAACAUUAAAGGGAAAGGAACAGUAUUUACAGGGACAGUGAUCAAAGGAAAGAUAAAAAUAAAUUGUAAUGUUACUAUUUUACCAUUAAAUGAAACAGGGAAAGUUAAAGAAAUACAAAGUUUUAAAAAAAAUGUGCAUGAAGGGAAAAAAGGAAGCCGAUUAUCUCUUUUAAUAUUAAACAAUAGUAUAAAAAAUAUAAAAAAAAAUGAAAGAGGAGUUAUAGUUUAUGAGAACUCAAAUAUAUCAUAUUUUUCAAUGUUUAUAUGUAAAGUCAAACAAGUAGAGUUUUAUAAAAAGGAUCUAAAUAAUCUAGAACAUUUUAUUUGUAUUAUUGGUUUUUCUUCAACAGAAUGUUAUGGAUAUUUUUUUAAAAAAAUUAAAAACAAAUAUGAAACAAAUACAUCUAAGAAGAUAAAAUAUAACGAAAUCUCACAAGGGGAUGAUAUGUUCCCUACUUCAAUAGAAGAUACUUUAAAUGUUGACAGAAAGUUUGAUAGGAAAGGAAAUUACUUACUUAUAAAUAAACUUUGUUAUGAUGACACACAAACGGAAAAUAAUAACAACAAUAAUAAAAAUAGUAAUAAUAAGGAUCAUGGUGAUGAUAAUAAUAAUAAUGAUCAUGGUGAUGAUAAUAAUAAAAAUGAACAUAGUGGUGAUAUUAAUAAUAAUGAUCAUGGUGAUGAUAAUAAUAAAAAUGAUCAUGGUGAUGAUAAUAAUAAAAAUGAACAUAGUGAUGAUAUUAAUAAUAAUAAUCAUCAUCUUAAUGAUGAUGAUGAUGAUAUUUAUUUUCUUGUAGUUAUGAAAAGAAAGAUUCACUGUUUUGAAAAUGAGAAAUGCAUAUUCCUAAAGAAUGAUGAACAUACGAAUUGUAGAAUAUGCCUUUAUGGGGAAAUUAUAGAAAUGCUGGAUAAGAAUUGUACAUAUAAAAAAGACGAUUCUUUCGUUUUUAAUAAACAACCAAACAUAUAUAAAUAUGAAGAAUAUAAAGAUUUAAAAAUACUUAAAGAAAAAAACAAAAAAGGAAACAUCGAUAAAAUCAUAGAUGAACAUACUAUUAUAUGUAAAAAUUUAUUUCAAUCAUCCAACCAGGUUAUUCCAUAUAUAGAUAAAAAAAUUUAUAUUCUUAAAUCAACAUAUGAUCAAAAAAAUGGAAAUACAACAAAUGGAAAUACUUCUAAUAUAUUACAUACUGGUACUAUCACAAAACCAUUUGCUAAACAAGGAAAAGCUAUAGUUUCUUUUGAUGACGACAUUUUGUAUCUUAAAAAUGACAUCAAGUCUUACAUCUUUCUUUUGGUAUAUUAUAAAGAUGUAUUUUCUAAAAAGAAGGUAUUUCUAUAG